CAAGAUCGAUUACGAGUCUUGUUCGUCGCCAGACACUGAAACGAUGUCUGGUCGUGUACCCAUGGACCCACGGGCAUUUUAGUACAUUUGGAACCCUGUAUAACGCCGCUGCCAUCGCGAGAAAUCCCAAUAUAUUUUUUACAUAACUUGCAACCAAAACGCUUGAACCGCACAAAAAGAGGAAGAGCAAAACAUCAGCUAAACAUUAUUUUUGUUGGUUGCUGAAACCAAGUAAACAAGACAAACGACGAGUGUAUGACGUCACCGCCGUCGCUAGGUUACGGUUGUAAACACUUCGUGAACGCUCCUGGUUGCUGCGGAUCGAGCUCUUUAUAAACGAUCACCGUUGUGAGUUGUGAGUUUGUUGUAUAACUGUGAUAUUGUGAGACUCUCCGAUGGCUGCAGAAGCGCAAGAGAUUCCGAAACUUCACCUCGAAGCCGUUAUUGGAUUCAACGGGCAUGUGUUCUCUGGACUGCAAGUUCACCCAGACCGUGAGCACCUGAUCUACCCGCUCGGCUGCACGCUGGUCAUUAAGAAUCUGCAGGAUGGGACGCAGGGCUUCCUCCAUGGUCACACUAACAAUGUCUCCUGUGUGUCUGUGUCCACAAGAGGGACCUAUGUGGCAUCAGGGCAGGUCAACUUCAUGGGCUUUAAGGCUGAUGUAAUCAUCUGGGAUUACGCAAAAAGAGAGAUUUAUGCUCGACUCGUCCUCCACCAGGCCAAAGUGGAAGCUCUGGCUUUCUCUCCCAAUGAGAAAUACCUGGUGUCUCUGGGGGGACAAGAUGACGGCAGUAUCGUGGUGUGGAACGUGGAGAAGAAGGAGGCGAUUUGUGGGAGUCUGGCUUCGGCUCACAGCGCAGGUCACUGUCUUACCGUCAGCUACUGCAACCUGAGUGACAACGUCUUUGUCUCAGCUGGACAUGGUACGCUCCGUGUGUGGGAGCUCGAUCUUCACAACAGGAAGAUUCGCCCCACAGAAUGCCAAACCGGGCAAUUAAAAAGGGUUAUUAAAUGCAUAGAGAUCCCAGAGGAUGAUGUUUUUUUUUACUGUGGCACCACAAGCGGAGACAUCCUCAAAGUGAACCUGAAAAGUCGCUUGCUAAAUAGCUGUGGUCCGGUGAAGUUAAAGUUCAGCAAAGGUGUAACUGCUCUGAAGAUGUUAAAAACAGGAGAUGUGUUGGUGGGAUCAGGAGAUGGAACGUUCAGUCUCUGCUCAGGCACAGCCUUCAAAACUAUCAAGAGUGUAAUACUGGAGGGCGGCGUGUCGUCUGUGGCUUUGCGUGGUCAAGGUCAGCAGGUGUUUGUGGGCACUGAGGCAUCUCAGAUUUACCGGUUCGGCUACACGGACUUUACGCCUGAGCUCAUCGCUUCCAGCCACAGCAGUGCGGUUUGGGAUGCAGCCUUUCCUGUAGGAACGUCAGAACUCUUCGCCACUUGUUCUCAGGAUGAUAUCCGCGUUUGGCACACAGAGUCCAGUAAAGAGCUUUUACGGAUCCGAGUCCCGAACAUGACGUGUAGCGCACUGGGCUUCAUGAGGGACGGCCGGAGCAUCUACAGCGCAUGGAAUGAUGGGACAAUCCGCCUGUUCACUCCUGAGAGUGGCCGCCUAAUGCUGAUGAUCCCUAAUGCUCACAGUAUGGGAGUGACUGCGUUAAAGAGCACCAACGACUGCACACGGCUUGUUAGUGGAGGAGGCGAGGGACAGGUGCGGGUGUGGCAGAUCCUGCGAGACACACACAGACUCAUCACCAGCAUGAAGGAGCACAAAGCUUCAGUCAACGCCAUUCAGAUUAAAAGUAACGAUGAGGAAUGUGUGACGGCAAGCUCUGAUGGAACCUGCAUCAUCUGGGACCUGGUGCGCUUUGUCAGAAAUCAAAUGGUUCUGGCUAACACAUUGUUUAAAAGCGUCUGCUAUCAUCCUGAGGAAUAUCAGAUCAUCACCAGUGGAACGGAUCGGAAGAUUGCCUACUGGGAGGUGUAUGAUGGUGCGGCUGUUAGAGAGCUGGAGGCCUCGCAGUCCGGGGCCAUUAACGGCAUGGACAUCAGCGCUGAAGGAGGACAUUUCAUCAGUGGUGGUGAUGACAAGCUGGUGAAGGUGUGGCGUUAUGUAGAUGGUGAUGUCACACAUGUGGGAACCGGCCACAGUGGCAGUAUCACCAGCGUGUGCUUGUGUCCCAACAGCAGAUUUAUUAUUAGCACUAGUGCAGACGGAGCGGUGCUUAGAUGGAAAUUCCCGCACUACACAAGCUCAUAGUCCAUAAAAAACAAACUAUUUAAGACAUUAUUUGCAUUAAUAUGCUUUAUAGGAUAAUAUUUUUUUUUGAGGGCUUUAUGAUGAAUUUGAUUUUAUUUCAUUUUAACAAAUUAUACAAUCAUGACUGAGCAAAAAUAAAAAACAUGA